UUGGCACUGUUUGCACCUGAGGAGGAGGAGAAUAAAAAUCAAGAACAUUCAUUUCCCGACUAAGCCUGGAUUUUUUGUAUUUUAACGAGGUUGCUAGUAGAACCCCGCCACAUAUGGUGUCAGAAGUGGGAUGGCAAGUCGGAAAAAAACCCUCCUUCCCAGACGCACCGGCCUGCGUUCCCAGCGGCCACAGCAGCCAGAGGAAAUGGCGACCGGCGGUGCCGACCUGGACUGGGAAACUGACGUAGAGGAUGAGGACACCUCCUGGUGGCGCCCAGCUGCUCCUACAGCUCCGGCACCCACAGCUGAAACAGGUGGAGAGUUGGUGGACAUGAUGCGGGACUUUUUGGCAGCACAGCAAAGGAGAGAGGAGGGCCUGCUGGCAGAGAUCAGAGGGCUGAGGGCCUCUCUUCCAUCAGCUGAUCGGUUACCUCAACCUGCUGUCCUGACACAUCCAAGGGCAGCCCAGCCACUGCAUGUGCUGAAUCAGCUGCCUGCCAUGUCUACACCCAGCACGGCUACAGCCACCAGUCCCAGAUUGGACCUGCCCACACCAGCACCCCGGCGUAUGCAGAGGGACACACCACGGGAGGUAUCACCAGCAGCAUCCAUCCAGUUUCCGGGGGCAAGCAGUAGGUCCGACCAGCCAAGAUCAGACUGGAGGCCCUAUAGCGAGCCCAGAAUUCCCCAAUAUGAAAAUGGGGAGGACAUUGAAAACUAUUUACUCCGCUUUGAGCGGAUUGCAAAAACAUGGCAUUGGCCAGAGGAUGAGUGGGCAUGCCGCCUAGUGCCACUGCUAUCGGGCAAGGCAUUGGAGGCCUACACUGCGAUGGAUGAGGAGAGGGCCCACUGGUAUCCUGACCUAAAGACUGCACUUCUGGCCAAAUUUGACAUCUCGCCAGAAACCUACCGGCAGCAGUUCAGGUCCAUGACGACACCACCCGGCGAGAACCCUACUGAGACCUACCACCGCCUGAGGGGCUUCUACCGGCGCUGGACCUGGCCAGAACAGCACACCAAGGAGCAGAUUGGGGAGAUCAUCAUCCUGGAGCAGCUGCUGAGGGUACUGCCGCCGGAAGUACGAACCUGGGUGAAGGAGCAUGAGCCAGCGGAGGGGCUUAUAGCUGCCAGGCUAGCGCUGCAGUAUCUAAAUGCUCGGAGAGGAGGCCCAGCUUCACGCUCAACCAGUGCAGCACCCCGACCAACCUACCAGCCACCACAGACCCGGCCCGGGAGGAGAGAGUACAGACAGGAGGUUCCAGGUACCAGCACUGCCCCAAACCAACAAGCCUCUGGUAAGGAUUUUGUCUGUUACUAUUGCCAGCAGCCAGGCCACAAAGCUUCCGUUUGUCCCAUACGGAAGGCAAAGGUCAGUGGCGCCUGCUAUGCACCACGUCCAGAGGUGGCGCCCAAUGAAAGUAAAACAGACCAAAUGCAACAUCAUAAAACUGUCAGUAUAAAUGGGCAGCAGGUUACUGCUCUGCUGGACACUGGUAGUUUCACAUCCCUGAUUAAACACAGCUUGGUGCCAGCAGGCUGUGUGGACUACAGCCGACAGACAGACAUUUUGUGUGUACAUGGGGAUAAGCAUCCCUAUCCCAGAGCUGAUGUGACAAUCACCAUUGAUGAACAGCCUUACCUGUUGACUGUUGGGGUGGUGCAGAACUUGCCUGUGGACAUGAUCCUUGGAUGGGACUUACCUGUUUUGAUGGACUUGUUGCACAAUAAAGAGGUCCCAGUGGAACCAGACUUUGGGGAGGGUAAUGUAAAUGCUUCUUGUCCUGUGAUCACCCGAGCCCAAGCAAAGGGUGUCCAACCACUCCCAGACUUGGACAGUAGUCUGUGUGAGGGUGGCACUAAGGGCCCAAAUAAAACUCGUCGCCAACGCCGCUUUGAAAAGCAGUUAAGGCAGACUGAACCGAAGUGGGAAAAUGUGGGGUCAAAAGAAAUGUGGGAAGUGCCUCAUAAUAUUGCUGAGCUGCAGAGGGGAGAUAAAACCCUAAAGCUGUUAUUUCCUAAGGUGGGAGAAGAGGCAAAUGGAGGUUGUGUGGGGAGGGAAAUGUUCAGUGUUGAAAAUGAUGUGUUGUACACAACUACAGAUGAACACAAGCGCCUGGUGAUCCCUGCUAGCUGCAGACCACUGAUUAUGCACCUGGCACACACACUUCCAUGGGCUGGACACCUUGGCCGUAACAAAACAUACUUACGGUUGAACGGUUCAACCAGACACUAA